CCGAGCGGGUGGAGCGGGCCGUUGGAGAGGGUUGAAGCUCGAGAGAUAGUUACGGUUAUAUUUGUUGCAACGAUUUCUUUUUAGAAGUAAUUUCUAGUAUCGUUGACGAGUCAUAGACGUCAGAAUGUCGAUGUCGUCGGUGCUACGAUAAUCCAAAUUAAAAUAACACAAAAUAAAUAAACAGAUAUUCCUCGUGAAAAACAUGGCGAACAUUGUUAAUAUUUGGUGCUGCCCUAAUUUAUCACAUCGUUCUUUUAUCAUCAGUAGUGGUACAGUGUUGUGCUUGGUGCUAGUUUUCGUGCAACACGGAAUUAUUUCAGCCCAUCGGAAUGACAACAGAGAACCGUCGUCCGACUUUAGCAGACAUUCCGUUAUUCAUCCGAAAGUAUUUCACGUCAGAACGAAACGAGAAAUAUCAUCGACCAAAGAAAAUGAUUUGAGACACGCGGAUUUGCUGACGGUCGGAUUUACCGUAGACGGUCUCGAACGAGUUUUGGAUCUUCGAUUGAACAACGACCUGAUACCCGUUGGACACAAACAACGUCAUCAAGAUGAAAAUGGCCGGUUCAAAAGUCACACACCUUCGGAGGACGAAGUAGAAGUAUGUCAGUACCAAGGGAGUAUUCGGGGAAUACCGGAUUCUUGGGCAGCAGUUUCGACGUGCAGAGGAUUAAGCGGAGUCGUUUUUGACGGUCAAACUCUUCACUAUAUUCAUCCUCGGGACGAUUUUCUGGACUCGCCACAUUACAUCUACAAACACGAACAUCUAGCUGUCAACAAUACCUGUGGAUACACCGGAACUCAAUAUCACGAUAUCCACCCCCAUGAAGGAAACAGAAUGCUCAGAUAUAAGAGGGACACUGGCGAUAUCAGAGGUCCGUAUAAUGCUAACAAGCAAUCACGAUACGUGGAAUUGGUAAUGGUGAUCGAUAAGAAGGGAUAUACAGAGCUGGGUGAAAACUUGGAUAGAGUUCAUCACCACUGCAAGGAUAUAGCUAAUAUCAUCAAUGCUCUCUACAUGCCACUGAACAUUUUCAUCGCUUUGGUCGGUGUGGAAGUUUGGUCAUAUUCGGACCAGAUAUCUCUUUUAUCGGAUGGAGAAAAAACUUUGAGCAAUUUUCUCGCGUAUCGAAGAGAGAGAUUGGUCGAAGAUGUUCCCAAUGACAAUGCUCAGCUAUUAACGAAAGUGGAAUUUGAUAAUGGCGUCGUUGGUAAAGCUCUCAAAGGUCCGAUCUGUACCUAUCAAUAUUCCGGAGGAGUAUCGAUGGACCAUUCGAACGUGAUUGGACUUGUAGCUGCGACGGUUGCACAUGAAAUGGGCCAUAAUUUCGGCAUGGAGCACGAUACGCAAGAGUGUUACUGUCCUGAAGAAAGAUGUAUAAUGGCGCCUGCCAGCGGAGCGACAGGUCCCACGCAUUGGUCGUCUUGUUCCCUUGAAUAUUUGGCUCUUGCGUUUGAACACGGAAUGGAUUACUGCCUGCGGAAUAAGCCAGAGAGACUGUUCGGAAGCCCGAUGUGUGGAAAUGGUUUUGUCGAGGCUGGCGAACAAUGCGAUUGUGGAUUAGAAGUGAACUGUAACAAUCCUUGUUGCAACGCUACAACUUGCAUGCUACAUGCCAACGCUAGCUGCGCAACCGGGGAAUGUUGCAACCUAGAAACUUGUAGGCCAAAGACCGCUGGAUCGGAGUGCCGAUCGGCGGAACACGAGUGCGAUUUACCCGAAUACUGUACAGGCCAAAGCGAACAUUGUCCCUCCGAUGUUUUCAAGAUGGAUGGUGAAACUUGCAGCAUGGGUAAAGCAUUCUGCUAUCAAGGUACAUGCAGAACACGUAACGAUCAGUGUAAGUUACUUUGGGGGCCAUCGGGAUCUUCUUCCGAUGACCAGUGUUACGAUAUGAACAACAAAGGGAACAAAUUCGGAAACUGCGGAUACAAUAAAGUAGAUAAAACCUACAUAAGAUGCAAUGAUACGGACAGUUUCUGCGGUAUGCUUCAUUGCAAGCAUCUGAACGAGAGACUAGAGUUUGGCAUGGAGUCGGUCGCGAUUUUGAGUCACUCGUUUUUAAACAGUGGUGGUCAAAUUAUCCCUUGCCGGACAGCCAUUGUUGACUUAGGACUGAAUCAGAUCGACCCUGGGCUCGUACCCGAUGGGGCAAAAUGCGACAAUGGAAAGAUGUGCGUCAACCAAAAAUGCAUGCCAGUCUCAGCGUCGCGGAUCUUGUCGUCUCCAGGAGGAGGUGCUUGCCCUAAUAAUUGUAGCGGUAACGGCGUUUGCAACAGCCUUGGCAAUUGUCAUUGUAAUCGAGGGUUUCAGCCCCCACGGUGUGAUGAUAUCGGAGUCGGCGGAUCUAUCAAUAGCGGACCCGCAGAAGAUCCAAAUGCAAGAAAAGAAUUCAUAAUAUCGCUCUACGUGAUUUUCUUCGGGAUUGUUCCCCUUGUGGCACUGAUCGCUAUAUUCCUUUGGUCGAGGAGCAAUGGGAAAUAUAAAUGGAAAAAGGGAUCCACUUCAGCGACUGAUCGUGCGAACAACACCUUAUCGAUCAAGACAAUCGACCGUUCAAGCCCCGCACCUCGUAAUAUUGAGACGAUCGACUCGACCCUCAGCCAGGAUUCAGCCUGCGCCAGUUUGUUACCCAAGACAGAGAGCGAUGAACGUUUCAACAACAAUCUGUUCGGUCAUUUCAAAGGAUUUACCAUUGUUCCUAUCCAGAAUCAGUCCAAACUAGCAGAGCCCACAAAACCAGCACCUCCUCCUCCGGUAGUUCCAACCGUAGCAAUAAAGACUAAUCUUAAAUUAACACAACGAAGUAAUACAUUGCGAAGCACAUUGUCUAGUGGUGUUUGCAACGUAAAUCAAACUUCUAUAGCACCUGCGCUGCCCCCCCUCAAUCCGGGAUGUAACGCAAGGCCUUUAAUCAGUAGCCCUGUCCUUGCGACGACUACUUGUACAUCGGUAGAAAUUAUUGGACCCAAAGUACCUAGCAGACCUGCCCCUGACAUACCCACCAGACUCACACAUGAAAUUUCAUCUGUUGCAUGCAUUCCCCAAAAACCGCAAAGGCCAAACAGUACGCCUCUCACGAAUGUUAUUUUACCGGAGAUUGAGAAAAAGCAUGAAAAAGGCAGCGCUCUUAAUCGCAUUGCUUCGAUAUUACGACCAAACUCUGGAAUUAUAAGAUCUAACUCUCAGCCUGCAGGAAAAGAUGAGAAAAAGACUAACUCUCUGCCAAGGAAUCAACAUCACAAAGCAAACAAAGUUAUUGACAAAGAGAUAUUGAGAAAUUUGGAAAUUUCAAAUCCCAUCCCUCAAAGUGAAAUUGAAAUUCCUACACCUGUAAUUUCAGUUGUUUCUGAAGUAGAUGGGGAUGAAAAAAAGACAGUUGUUAUGCGUGCACAGUCAAUGAGAGAUGCUAAAAUCACUGCAAAACCUGCGAUUCACACUUUCGGAUCGAUGAGACAAGCAAAUUCUAAUAAAAGACCCACGAGCAUACCGGCUAGUGCCAGACCGACCUGUCCACCUCCAGGACCACCUGGAUUAUCUUCCACAGAGAAGAUUCCAGAGUCAGGGAUUAAGAUACCUGGAUUACCUGGAUACCAGAACCCGCCAGUUAAGAAUGUGCAAAAAAUUCCAGACAACACUUAUGAUGACUGUUUGAAUUCUGUGAACGAACCUUUACUUGGCAAAAUAAUGGAGGAAUCGCCAUCCAGUGAUAAUAUAUAUGCAGUUAUCGAAGAAUCAAUACCGGAAAAAAGUCGUAAGAAAAUUGAACCACAAAUACAGAACGUACCGAAUGAAUACAAGUCGCCUAAGCCUGUAGAAACAUCGCCAAAGUCGGCGGGAGGGAGUUCCGAUUCCAUGGGUCUGCUAUCCGAAAUUGUUUCCGAAAUAUCAAACAGAAAUUUUGACUCCAUUUAUUCGACAUCAACCUUAGCCAGGAAGAAAAAAGAAAAAGAAGAAAUGGAUAAAAACUCUGAAAAUUUAGGGUCUAACAGCUCGAUAGGGACCUAUAUAAAUUCAAGUCACUAUAAAUCCCCUGGUAGCGUCUACUCAACUUCACCAUCUGGGAAAUUUAAUUCCGCCAGCUCAACGACGAGCUCUGGCUACUUGAAUCCAGCUGCUGUUAAUGUGCCUCAACCAAAAGUUAAAAAAGAGUCUGACCAGAAAUUACUGGAAAAAAAUCGAAAGGAUGAUUGCAAGAGUAAAUCGGAUACAUUCAAUUCCAACAAUCCGAAUAUAAAUGACGAGAUGUCUAAGCAGCUCGGAAUAAAGCCUCCGGAUAACGCGAUGCAUUUCAAACCUCUGGCAGCUGCGUCUAAUAGACUACUUACUUCUUUGGUGACAAAUUUGAAAAAAGAGGAUAAAAAAGAUGAGUCCAAAGCCCCUACGAAGCCUCCCUUAAACAGAACUAAGACACCUCCUAAUCUAUCAAAAGUUUUCACAUCAAAACAGUCUUCGGAUGGUAAUGUGAAAGGUGUUAAGCUAGGUCAAGAAUCGAAUUUCAAACCAAUUAGACAAGGGUCGGAUACAAGUUUGAAAUCUAGUAAGCAAAGCAGUGGUUUAAACAAGUCCAAUCCUAGUUUGAAUAAGUCAAAUACAAAUUUAAAUCGGUCAUCAAAUAAUUUAAACAGAAACGGUUCAAGCUCAAAUUUAAGUGCGAUGCCAUUAAAGAAUGUGCCCUCUAGUCCAAAAUGUUCGACGGGAAAUCUAAGUACAGCGAACAGUCCUGAUCUGGUAUCUAGUUGUUCUAACAGUAGCCAGAAUAUUGCAAAGUCGCCCGAUGUACUGGGAAUUAAUCUAAAACCUGUGGGUGCAGCAAAAAAUAUUCAAAAAACUCCGACAUUGCCAAGAAGCACAAAGUCGCCGUCGACUCCACCGAAACCAGCAGCUAUAUUAACGAAGUCGGUUAGUCUCGUCGAUAGGAAGAAAUCACCAACUGGUAAUACCAGUAUAGUGAAAUCGUUGUCUGCUAAAGAAAAUGUUGUGAAUAAAGCAGCUCAGCUUUCGAAAGUCCCUCCAAAAAAUGAGGUAAAACCGCCCUUAGAAACUACUGCUAAAGGUAAUCCAGUUCAAAAAGCAGCUAGUAGCAAAUCAAACGUUGCUUCUUUACAGCAAAAGUUUGAAGUUAACAAAACAUCAAAUCCAGCACCAAGGACUAUGUCAGCCAUUGGCAAAAAAAAUAUUAUUAACAAGACUUCCGAAGUGAGUCGAACUAGUAGUGCUAAAAAGUGAAUUAAAUAAACUAUCGUCAGUUGUCGGAGUAUGCAAAUCUCAUAAUACAAUUGCAAGUUUUGAGAACAGGGGCAUUUUUUUUUAUUGCUAAACAGCUGAACAUGUUCGCUAAAAAAUGUAAAGCAAAUCUGGCAUCUAUAUCUGGCGUUGUUUAAUUAUUUAAUCUGCUUGAGAGACGGUACUAUUUGUAAAUCGUAUAACGAAUUUUACACUAAAAUAUAGACAAUGAGAAGUUCGCGAACAGGUAACUGUCGAUUAAACAUAUUGCAAUUUCGUGUACAUAAAAUAUCUGCCGAAAUAUAAUUUUCACAAGUCCAAAUAUGUAAACAACCAUAAAAAUCUAUUUAGUAUAACGUUUUUAUAAAAAAAAAAAAAAGAAAUAACGAGAUCGAAGAAGUCUAAUCUAUUUUCACAACCUCUAUGUUAAUGCAAAAAAAUGAAUAUAAUCGGUACAAUUUGGAUGAACCAGCCUUCAGACAAAACCAUGUUCAAUCGCAGAAAAACAAAUGAUGAAUAUGAAUAUUGCAACCAAAAAUGAAUAUAAAUCACAUCACAGCCCUAAACAGACAAAUAAAAUUAUAGAUUCAGAACAAUAAUUUACUCAAUCUUUUACAGUCGCAGUUUGAAACUCAUGGUGCAUUUCAAGCUAUAAAGAUGUAGAACUACAUUACCCUGUUAUAGAUUCUUUAAUCCUAAUCCACGCGUGGUAUGGAGAGUACAUAUUUAUUUGACUGAUUUUUUUGUACAUAUGUUGAUAUGUAUCGAUACAAUAUUAUAUGAUAGUAUAUCAAGUAAAGAGGAGAGAAAAAAUUUUAUAAAUACGUACCUUUGUGCUGAUGUUGAUAGUUACAAAUGACUAUUAUUUUAAGUAGAAUAUAUGUAGAUUAUAGGAAUAAUAAUUACAACAACAACAACAACAACAAUAAAAACAAUAGUAAUAGUGAUAGUGCUAACAACUUGCGAAUAACUCUAUAAAAUGAGAUAUGUACAGAUCUAUGAAGGGCGCAUUUUUAUAUGACCUAGAUUAGAUUACGGUAUCCAAAUCAACAAGUUGCUUUCGAAUCUGUACACUGCCUUGCAAAGUCUUUAGUAUUUAAGAAUAAUCGUUGAAUUUAUAUAUACUGUAUAAUGUACGACGACCACAGGAUUGAAUUUCAGAACUAUACGCUAUUAUGCGACACGAAAUUUAAAUACCAUUAAUUUUUAUUUAUAUUUUUCUCUGAUCAGCUAAAUGAAAUCUACAAAACUGAGACAAUAUAUGUAAUUUAAUGAACAAGUUCACAUUCCGUUGCAAUUACAGCUCUAUUGUUGAGAAAUUUCUUCCUGUGGGUAAAAUUAAUUUUAUUACGUCAGAACUGAUUUUGGCAGACUAAAGAUGUAGGAAUUUUUAAAUACGUUGAUAACAUUGUUCGACGGUAAUUUGAUAAUAAUAUAAAUAGCUCGUAAUAAUUUAUUUUAUAAGUAAAAAGAAAAAAGCUGUUUCAGUAAUAAAUACUUCAGUAAUUUUCCUAGAAUAUAAUGCAAUCACUUUACUGCUACGAUUUUUGUUUCAUUAUCUCCGAUGAGAUAGAGCAUUUAUUACGUAAUACGUUCGUUAUCUCUUAUUGUUCUCAUCCCACCAUUUCGAUUAAUUAUUGUUGCCCAUCAACAGGACGACGAAAGCAUUUGAUCGAAGGCAGCGUAUUCAUUUGAUACGUUUUGCCUCUAGUCUAUCGCUUGUAUUUUAUACUAACUGUGUCUAUACGAGCAAACUAUGGUACUGCAGCACUAUUCGUUACAUUGUUAUGACAGAAAACUACGCGAUACAAACAGUAUCAUAAUUGUUGUUACCAAAGAUACAUGCAAUCAUACAUUUAUAUUUCUAUCAUUAUAAGUUUUAAUGUUGUUCUUCAAGACUACUUAACAGAGUUAACAAUGGAUUGCAUUGAAUGAUUAAUUCGAAUCUGUGUACAACUUGAUGCAAAUUAAAAUAACAUUUAAAGCAA